GCAAGCCUUGGGCUAAACAGGUUCUACUGCAGGUACAUAUUUUUACUAUGUGUCCUCUCUGCAUCCAUUGCAGCCUGGUCAUCCUGGAAGAGGGACCCUCCCAUCUGUGGGCUCUUCUCAAGAGGACUGCUCAGUGGAAGGCAUCCUCCCUUGCUACAGGGAAAUGUGCAACAGCCAGCAAAGAUGCCACAUUGAGCUUUUGAAGGACCAGUCCUGCCCUGCCACCUACAAAUAUCUGCAGAUGGUCUAUAGCUGUGAACAGAAAGUAUGUCUCGAUAGUCUGGGCAUCGCCGACGGCAGCGUUGCAGACUCUUCCUUCAAAGCCUCCUCAAUGAAAGACGCCACCCCAGUAAAAGCCCGCCUCAACAGGGAGUCCUGCUGGAAGCCGUCAAGAAAUCCCGUCGGCAGCUGGAUCCUGGUGAACCUCGGCUACAAGAGAAAGGUGACGUUGAUCGUGACCCAGGGGUGUGAUAGCAACGAUACUCGCUCCUGGGACAUCAAACUUGAGAUGAGACUAAGCGUUGACAAGAGGAAGUGGACCAAACACCUGGACGGGAAGGUGAGCGCGGGGGGGCCAAUCAAGUCGACUGUGACCGCAUCCUUCAAUCUUGUCACAACAAACAAGGAAACAUUCCAUUUCUAG